AUGUGGUCGGCGUGCUGCUGCAACAAUCCACAGGACAUUGGACCUGGUGGAUACCCUGCUGAGUCUUACAGCGCGCCGGACGAUGCCAAACAGGCUGAGGGUGCAUCGCCUUUCCCAGCUUCCAGUGGCAUGCAAGAUGAUUUUUGCGAACAGGAAUUGGGGCAACCUGUUGCGGUGCUGCAGAAAGAGCAACUUCCGAAUCUGCUGACGAAGUUCCCGGUGUGCCUAAAGAAGGACUCUGGAUCCUAUGGCUUGCGCUUGGACUUCGAGACUGCAGACCUUUCUGAAACUGGAUCUGGCUUCAAGGAUCGGUGUCUGAUCUUUGACGUUGUCGGUGGCGCCGCCGCCGCGUGGAACAAAGACAACCCAGACAAAACUCUGAAGGUCGGGGACUGCAUUGCUGCUGCGAAUGGCGUUAAGGGCUCCUCGAAGAUGGUGUACGAGUCGAUACGCAAGUCAGACCAGGUUGAUCUGGUCAUCGAGCGGCCACAGGAGAUCACUGUCGCUGCUGGCAAGGGUGGCAGGCCACUGGGCCUUGAUCUGGCGUACGCGGACUCCAGUGUUGGGCUCAUCGUGAAGCAGGUAAAUGCAGGCCCCGUGAGGGACUGGAACAAGGCACACCCUGACGCACCCGUGGUCCCCGGAGAUAGAAUCCUGGAGGUGAACGGAUGCAAAUCAGGUCUCGAGUCGUCGAACACGCUGCAUGUUUCAAGCUACGUGCAACACUUGCCAUGUGAAACCACAUCGGUGAAGGCCGAGCUUGGAAGGCCUAGCCAAGAGAUGAGCAUAUGUCCUUUCCCUUUCUUAGCUUCCUUCAUGCCAUCUUCGUUCUUGGGUGCUGUCUUGUCGCAACAUCAGAUAUACAUCGGCAAUCCCCAACCCGUGCUUGAACUGUGUAUGUUCGUUGUGGAAUCCUUCGCCAAGCCCACAGACCCGGGAAAGGACUGGUGGCCUUGUGAGCAUCCCAGCAGCAGUGGAGAAUGGAGCGUUUCCAGUGGGAAGAUCGGGAGGGAGGAUGUCGCUGCUGUGAUCAUUGAUUACAUGUGCAUUCUGAAGAUUGCCUUGAGUAUUCGUGGCUCAAAACCCAGACGCCUCAACCAGGCGUUCUGCAAGGUGAUCGCAGGCAUUGCUGCCGGGAGGGGCCUUGCUGUAGUGGUUGUGGGAGAGGCGCACACCGAGCUGAUGGUCUUUCUUUGGGCACGGGUGCAGGACUGGCAUCGUCAGGAUAGUGAUUGCCCGCUCGGAGAGCUGUCGUUCCGAUGGCAACUUUUGGCAAGUCAAACCAAGCAGGAUCUGGCCGAAGGCUUCAAGCGUGUCAUUGAAGGUCAGCCCGAUGCCACGUGGCUCGACUCCUUGCUGAAAUCCGCCUGGGAGGACUUGAUGAGCUUACAUGCGAAGUGGCACGAGAUCAUGGAUUCCCAGUGGCCUCUCUUCAGCGCGUUGGCGCUGACAGCAAGGAAGCUGUCUGGUCUGAGGAGGAGCCUCCAGCCUGUCGACCGUGCAGGGGCCAAGGUCUCUCAGCCUUCCGAUUGCGUGGGCGAUGAAGCCGCACUGAGGCGCUUCGAGGAGCUGCUCGACGAGGACAUGUUCGCCAGUCCAGCGCUCCUUGAGUCAGCGUUUGCCAUGGAGUCCGUCCGCAGCUGCCCUGCAGCGUUGGCCACUGUGUAUGUUGUCGCAGCCGAGCACCACCGCCGGGCGCGCGAGGAUGGGUUGCUCGUGCGCCCUUCCCAGGCGGAACGUGGCCUCCUGCUCCGAGCCGAGGGCCACAUUCGAGCCCAUCGAGACAUGCAUCUUCUCUUAAGUCCUUGGCCACUUUGGCGCGCCUUAGACCGCUUGACCUGCGCUGGCGUCAUAAACGCCACGGUGGUGUCUGCUUUCCCGCCCGCAAAGCGCUGGCUUUGGCUUUUUGUGAGCCGAACUCGGGCGAAGGAGCAGGACCUUGUCGUCUCCAACCAGAUCCGGGCAGAAAGGGUUGCCCACUGCCCGAGAGAGUUCACAGCUCUGAUGGAGAGGGUUGCUCAAAGUCAGCAUCCUCUUGGCAACAAGAUGAAGGUGGUGGAGGUCGGGGCUCACUAUGGAGACUGCUCGCUUUGGGCAGCUGCGGUCUUCAGCCCAAAGGUGAGCUGCGUGGGCAUUGAGGCCGACCUUGCCCGCUGGGAGCGCUUCCAGCGAGCGAAGGUUGCAAACCAGUUCGAGGACGAGACCCUGGUGGCCUUGCAUGGCUUCGUAGCCGAUCCACUGCAAAGCUCAGUGGACCAUGAAUUUCGAGGCAGCCGGCUCUUGCCAUUUAUCCCAAGACUCACCCUGGAUGAAAUCAUCCGUGAGCCUGUGGACGUUCUCAAGGUGCACACCAACGGCGGUGAGCACCUCGUUCUUUUCGGGGCGCGUCGGACCUUUGCCCGUGGCGUGCGCGCGGUCGUGGUUUCUAUCCUCAACUCAACGCUUGGGCUGAAGUCGGCCCGGUUUUUGGCAAAGCGGGGCUACGAAGUUCGCAUCGGCAACGAGCGAUUGCAGCCUGCCAAGUUGCGACGUGCAUCGUACGUUGGCAAGAUCAUCGAGGCGUGGAUGACAGGAAGUUAG